AUGAUGCAUCUUUGGUGACAUAUUUGGACUUCUAUUAUAGCUUUAUCAACUAUGAGCCAAGCUAUUCAAAGAAUGCCAACUAUAUUCUUUGGCCACGGAAGCCCGAUGAAUGCGAUAGAAGAGAACUCUGCCACCCAAGGAUGGAGGGACAUUGUUUCUUCUUUUCCCAAGCCAACAGCUAUUUUGAGUAUUUCAGCACAUUGAUAUGUCAAUGGAGUUCGCGUGACAGCAAUGAAAUCUCCAGAAACAAUUCAUGAUUUUGGAGGCUUCCCAAAGGCCCUGUUUGAUGCCCAAUAUCCAGCACCUGGAAACCCACGUCUGGCUGAGAGAAUUAAAAAUUUGCUUCAGCCAUUGAACGUCACUCUAGACAAUUCAUGGGGAUUAGACCACGGAACAUGGUCGGUUUUGAUUAAAGCCUACCCAAAUGCUGAUAUUCCAGUGCUUCAACUCAGCAUUGAUAAAAGACAACCUCCAAAUUUUCAUUAUGAGCUAGGGAGAAAACUAAUUCAGCUGAGAGAUGAAGGAGUUUUAAUUAUGGGCAGUGGGAAUAUUAUUCAUAACUUUGGUAUGAUAGAUUGGGCUCCUGGUCCACCUCAGGAAUGGGCAGUCAGAUUCACUAAUCGUGUAAAGGAUGCACUAGCAAAUUCACGAUUUAGUGAAUUAAUCAAUUACCUUGAUAUGGAACAGGGAAUUGAUGCAGCUCCAACACCAGAUCAUUGACUACCAUUACUUUACAUAAUUGGAUGCAAGAGAGAAGAUGACACUAUUUCGACAGCAAAUGAUAUAAUUCAGCUUGGCUCUUUGUCCAUGUUAUGCGUAAUCGUAAAUUAA